CCACCCCAGCAUGACACCCUGUAUCUCUGUUAAUGUCGGCAAGUAAGAACCGAGAGCACACUACACACGCAUUUCGUCCUCUGAAGAUAUUUUCUCUCAUUUCCGGGAAAAGCUUUAGGCUUUACUCGGGAAAUUAUGAAGAAAGGGUCGAAUGUUUAUGGUAGAAUGAGCAAUAGCUCGUCGUCGUCUUCUUCUACGUUGAGAGAUGAAGACGUAGAGUGGGAGAUGAGACCAGGAGGAAUGCUGGUCCAAAAAAGAAACGAAACGAUCGAAGUUCCACCUACUAUUUUACGCCUCCGAGUAGCGUACGGUGCUCUCCGGUACGAGAUCUCGGUGAAUUCUCAAGCAACUUUUGGGGAGUUGAAGAAGCUACUAAUGGCGGAGACAGGGUUACAGCCGGGUGAUCAGAAAAUAAUGUUCAGAGGAAAAGAGCGCGAAAAUGGACAAUACCUAGAGUUGUGCGGAGUCAAAGAUAAAUCAAAGGUCCUACUAAUAGAGGACCCAGCAAGCAUAGAGAGGAGAUACAUUCAGAUGCGUAAAAACUCCAGGAUCCAGAGCGCUCAUCGUGCCAUCUCUAGCGUAUCCAUGGAGGUUGACAAGCUUGCAGAGCAGGUUUCUGCAAUUGAAAAGUCCAUCUCUGGUGGAAUUAAGGUACCAGAAGUUCAAAUCACAACAUUAAUUGAGAUGCUCAUGAGACAAGCAAUUAAACUCGAUAGCAUUUCUGCGGAGGGUGAUGCUUCUUCUCUCAAAACUUUGCAGGGUAAGAGAGUGCAGAAAUGUGUGGAAACUCUUGAUGCGCUGAAGAUAUCCAAUGCCAAAGUAAAGCCUGUUAUUGUCACUACCAAAUGGGAGACAUUUGAUCCUCCUCCCGUGGCCUUGUCUCAGUGGGAACUUUUUGAUUGAUUUUUCCUCGCUUUUUGAUUCGUCUGUCUCCACAUAAACACAAUCAAUCUACUCCACUUGUACUUACCGUUCUUCAGUUCCUCAAGAGCCUUUGCAAUAAGUGUUGGUGAUUAUAAUUUUAUAUGAUGGGAGUUUUGUCAAACACUAUAUCGUCAUUAUUUGUUAAGUAGACAUUUAUGAAUGAUUAAUUUCAUGCA